ACUUGGGUAAACAUAUCUUCAACGUUGCGGCUUGCAAUGGAGGUUGACUGAGUUGAGAUCACGCAACACUAAGUCAGCUGAGGAGCCGGUUCAGUUGAGCACGGUUUUCAGUGGUACAUCUUGGUUCGAAUGCGCUCAAGCAAGCGAGCAUGCUAUUGGCUCUGUUCCGCAGUAGAGAGAGUUAUCAGGUGGAGGAGAGGGACGUGUGUCUCAUGUUAGGUAAUGACACUAAUGGAGAAGAGUUUGCCCCUCUCUCAGGCCCGCAUCCCAAGGCGCUGUUACGAUGGAUCUCCCCUGCCCCAGCCAAGCCGCUCUUUCCUCUUCCCUCUGAAGUAGCUCUGCUCCUCUCCUUGGCCAGGAUGGUGGCUACCCCGUGUCUCCGCCCCCCUCCAGAUCCGCCGCCCCGUCGAGUAUGUACGCUCCGCUUGAAGCUCUCUUUCCCGUCAUCCCUCCGGAACCACCAGACCCCCCAGACAUUUCUCUCCUCCUCGCUUCCACCGUCACGUCUCAGUUUCGAACUUUUGUCUCCUCAUCUCCGAUCUGCCUCGCCGGACGAUUUGAAGGCAUUGGUGAUCUCCGAGCCUCACCGUCUCAACCAGGCGACGCUCCCCGCCACGAAGCUGGCUGCCUCUACGCCGGCGAAAAACCCAGGCCUCUCAUUUCUCUGAUUUAGCGUGCUUCUAUAGAUGGGCUGGAUGCCUCUUCUUCUUGGGUUUGGGUCUCAAAAACGUUUGAGUCCAACAUAAUCUACUUGGCUUUUGAGAGCCCAAUAUCAAAGAUGGAGCCACCAUUGCCCACUAAUUUAGGGAUUGCAGAUCCGAAGCUACGUCUUUCCAACAGCUCCCCUACGUCUCCGUCUACAUCUCCAUGGCUUGCAGCCUCACUGUCUCCUCUGCAGCACAUCAAAGUCGCCGAGCUCAGCUCCACAACCUAUGUACAUCAUGGUACUUGUCCUCUCAUGCUUAACUUGUUAAAGUUUGAUGAAGAGCGUCUCUGGUUGAAUUUAAUGGUUCCCUGGCCUCAACACGGUAAUGUUGGAGGAUGGAGUCCCUGUUUGAAUUCAACCACCGCCUACCCAUCGACUACCAUCGAGCUUAUGUAUCAAGUCAUAAAGGUCAAGGUCAGCCAUUCUUUAGAGUCGGUUUCAACCCACCUAUCAACAAAGCCAAGAACUGUCACGAUGAGUCUCGUUUAUAUGGAAAUAACAUCCGUUGUUCAUUCCAGCGAGUGCUCUAGAACCGGAGUUCAUGGCACAGUAUCAACCGCCUCACCAUCUGUCUCUUCGAACAAUAUGUUUUCCGGCACAGUUGAGAUUCACCUAGUCUCCCGGUUUAUCAUAGUUGGUAUAAGAGCUGAUCUUGUUUGUUUAAUGAACUGCAUAGCCAAAUCUAGCUUUCCAGUGGGCUUAUCACCAGUGUUGGUGUUCACCAACGGUCUUCAAACCCGCUCUUCAGGGUCCCCUUUCAUCGGUUGUUGUACCGACAUUAGUAUGUUCUUAGGAACAUCAGUUUCAGGGUUUCAAGUAAAGCAUGUCUACGGGUUUCUCACCCCUUUAACACUUCUAUCGCUUAUUGUAGUACUUUCCGCUUUCAUUUAGCCGUCGAAUUCACUUUCGGUUGUAACUGUCUAAGUCGUUUGGACAUCUAAUUUAAUAUAAGAGAUAUAA